UAGCCAACAAGGAAAUAGCGAACCUUGCACUUUAUAACAAAUCAAUCUGGCGUAGACGAGACGCAGUGGUUAUCGCCGUGAACAGGAAACAUUACUUGCACGGACGCUCAAGUCCCAACAUGCCCAGGUACAGCAGGAAGCAGGUGUCCCUUGAAGAUUGGCCCUUCUAAUACAUGAGAAGAAAAAAAAUCAAUGUGUUUUGGAUUUCAAUUCAACACCUUCACACAAAAAAACAAGGUCCUCUGAGAGAAGAGGUGUGAGAUGGAGAGAGAGAAGAAGAAGAAGAGGGAAUGGAGGAGAGGAAGUGGACAAGAGGAAGCGGAGGGUGAGAAUCAAGCCGGUGGGGGAACCAUGGAAAUGGGACAUGAUCCUCUUGGUCAGAUGAGCAAUAAGACUGUCGAUAGAAUAACACACUUUCCCGUAGAUAAGAUGACCCACCAUCUUGGAGAGGAACUGUCACGUAGGGAAGGACAGACCGAGGGAGAAACUGCCCGUGUGUCUGCAGUUAGAAACAAAGAAGAAAGUGGAAUUCAAAUGAGGACGGAGAAGAUGGAGGAAAUUAAUAAAGGACUGAUAGCAGUUACAGACCGAGAUAACGAUGACGACGCCCCUGCCUCCAUCCCUCCUGCUCCCUCCAUCCCUCCUGCUCCCUCCAUCCCUCCUGCUCCCUCCAUCCCUCCUGCUCCCUCCAUCUCUCCUGCUCCCUCCAUCUCUCCUCUCUCCAUCUCCACCCUCUCAUCUCCCUCUCCCUCCUUCCUGGCUCCUCUCUCCUCGUUCUCUCCAGUUCCGUCCCUCACCCCUCCCCUUCCCCCGUCAGUAGAGCUGUGUGCAGUGCUCACCGACACGAGACUGACUCUGGAUGUAUACCAGGGCGGGACUGCUGUGCUACAGGUACUAUGGGUGUCUGUCCCUGGGCAGCUGAGGGGCCUGCAGUACCUCCGACUGGGCUCGGAGGACAGGGGGGCGCUAGAGGGAGCCCUGGAGGUCCUACCGCACCUCACACAGCUACGCUCACUGGCUAUUAGAGGACACUGUUUCCAUGACGCCCAUGGUGACCCCCUCCCCGGCCUUCUCACCUCUCUUCCUCCCUCUCUCUCAUCCCUUUCUCUCCUCGUCCACCUGGACCUCUCCUUCAACCUCCUCUCCUCCUUCCCUCCUUGCCUCCUCACCCUCCCCCUCCUCUCCACCCUCCUCCUGGGUCACAACCACCUCACUGAUCUCCCUCCCUCCUUCGGUCCUCUCCCUGCCCUCCGCUACCUCUCUCUCCUGGGGAACUGUCUGGCCUCUCUCCCCCCCAGCCUGGGUCAGUUGAAGACACUCCACACCCUGGAUGUCUCCUAUAACCUCCUGGAGACAUUACCUGAGGAGAUCGGUGCGCUGGAGGAGCUGGUCAAACUGGAGCUGUCACACAACAGGCUAAAGAGGCUGCCUGAGACCAUGGGCUGUCUCCUGUCUCUCAGGGACCUGGUGAUCCACAGUAAUGACCUGCGUGUUCUCCCCGUCUGUCUCUGUCUGGACAAACUGGAUAAGUUAAAGGUAGAUGUAAGGAACAACCCCCUGGGAAGACCCCCUACCCCUCCACCACUACCACCCACACCUGGCCAGGUGGAAACACGCAUUCCAGAGUUACACCUUGGACCGAAGCGACACAGGUUCUGUGUGUCGUCUGCUGGUUGUCAUGUGUUCCUCCCAGGGGGAGCGGAGCUACUGUUUCCCUCGGGUUGCCUAGCGACGACCACCACGCUGCAGUGGGCGGAGCGUAGGCCAGACAGGAAAUGGGUGUGGCUAGAGGAGCAUGACUUCCUGCUGAGUCGACCACUGGAACUCCUCCCACACGGGAUCUCCUUUUUAAAGCCAGUGGAGGUGUGUGUACCGUACCACCGGUCCAGGAAAGGGGAGGUGGUUGUGAGGAGGUUUGAUGGACAGCAGUGGAGUACACUAUCCACUGAGACCAGAAGGGGCAGUAUAGGACACAGCAGUCACCCCGGAGGCCGACCUGCCAGGCUGGCCUGCGUCUCAGUGAGACAGUUCUCCUGGUUUGUGGCAGUUGGUCGUCCAGUCAGGGACAGUUGCUCUGUGACACCAGAGGGGGCGCUGUUGGUCUCACGUUCAGACGCAGGCAUCAAACUGACCUUCCCCCCGGACUGCACUGUUCAGACCCGCACCAUCACUCUACAGGUGCUACAGGUGUCUGUCACUGAGGUCCAGACGUUGUUUGGAGACCCUCAGGCCAGAGUCAGUCCCCUCCUCUGUCUCUUUCAAGACCCCAGCAUCCAAUUCCUCCAGCCAAUCAAGGUGCAGGUCCCGCUGCCAACUGGACUCACUGGUCAUACAGUAGACCUGUCCUGUCUCCACCUGCUUCAUGGAGACCCCAGCGCCCACACCUGGACAGACAUAACCUCACAGGUGUCCCUGUACGUCACACAGCUCUACGCCAUCUUCUACAUCACUCACUUCUCCUGGUACUGGCUGUGGUACACUACCCAGCGCUGUGUUAGCGGGGUGGUCCGUAGGGUUUACCAGAGACUGAAGCAGUUUCAGGUCCAGUUCCUGGUGCUACAGAGGAGAACAGACCCCAAACAGGUUCUGCUACAGUGCCUGCCUGCUGACAAGGUGGACAACAGAGUACAGUCUCUGUCAGAGCAGUACGAUGGCCCACAACCCUCAGACCUCUGUGACCUGUUGGAGGGAGAGCAGUUCUUCGCUGGCUUCGAGAGGGGCCUAGACGUCAGCGCAGAUAGACCAGACUGUGCGGAAGGGAGACUGUCGUUUGUGUUCUACUCUCGGUUGAAGAAUCUCAAAGAGGUGUACGUCUGUCCAACACAGAAGCAGGAGGGGUCAAUCAGGGGCCAGGUGUCUUUCUAUCGAGGGGAGGUUCCCAGUGACAUACCACAGGAAGUGGCCAGGAAAAGGAAAGGACACGACAGCCAAUGGCUGGCCACCUUACCACUCAGACUUCCUGGCCUAAACUCAGAGGGUGGUAGUAAUGGUAUGGACUGGGAGCAGCCUCAGUACCCUCCGCUGAACCUGGGCGACCCAGAAAGCGGGUACCUGACUGAGGCUAACCUGCUGGCCAUCUCCCUGCAGAUCGGACAGGACUGGAGGUCCAUUGGCAUCAACCUGGGAAUCAGCUACCAGGAGCUGGACCGCAUGCAGUACAAAUACAGAGACAACCUAGGGGCCGUGGUGUUGGAGAUGCUGUUCCACUGGGCCCGGGGUCAGCAGCAGGAGGGUGUUGGGUUGCGUCCCGCUGGAGGUCCAGGCCAGCAGGGUAUUGGUGCAGUGCCCAGGUUGAUAAAUGCCAUGGUGGAGAGUGGCAGGAGGGACCUGGCUGAGGAGAUUAAUGACAUAGUGAGGCUAGGAACCCGGAAGUAUAAUGAGUCACUGAGGAGGGUGGGCCUAGAAGAGGAAGAGAAGAGGCCUUCAACAGACGCAGAUCCCUCACCUUCACACUGAACCAACUGACAGAGGGAGUAUAGAGAGUCACUGAGGAGAGUGAGGUUACAGGAAGAGACCACCUCACCUUCACACUGAACCAACUGACAGAGGGAGUAUAGAGAGUCACUGAGGAGAGUGAGGUUACAGGAAGAGACCACCUCACCUUCACACUGAACCAACUGACAGAGGGAGUAUAGAGUCACUGAGGAGAGUGAGGUUACAGGAAGAGACCACCUCACCUUCACACUGAACCAACUGACAGAGGGAGUAUAGAGAGUCACUGAGGAGAGUGAGGUUACAGGAAGAGACCACCUCACCUUCACACUGAACCAACUGACAGAGGGAGUAUAGAGUCACUGAGGAGAGUGAGGUUACAGGAAGAGACCACCUCACCUUCACACUGAACCAACUGACAGAGGGAGUAUAGAGAGUCACUGAGGAGAGUGAGGUUACAGGAAGAGACCACCUCACCUUCACACUGAACCAACUGACAGAGGGAGUAUAGAGAGUCACUGAGGAGAGUGAGGUUACAGGAAGAGACCACCUCACCUUCACACUGAACCAACUGACAGAGGGAGUAUAGAGAGUCACUGAGGAGAGUGAGGUUACAGGAAGAGACCACCUCAUCUUCACACUGAGGAGAGUGAGAUUACAGGAAGAGACCACCUCAUCUUCACACGGAGGAGAGUGAGAUUACAGGAAGAGACCACCUCAUCUUCACACUGAGGAGAGUGAGAUUACAGGAAGAGACCACCUCAUCUUCACACGGAGGAGAGUGAGAUUACAGGAAGAGGAGAUGACUGAACUCAUCCCUUCAUUCUGAAGCAGUAGACUGAACUCAUCCCUUCAUUCUGAAGCAGUAGACUGAACUCAUCCCUUCAUUCUGAAGCAGUAGACUGAACUCAUCCCUUCAUUCUGAAGCAGUAGACUGAACUCAUCCCUUCAUUCUGAAGCAGUAGACUGAACUCAUCCCUUUAUUCUGAAGCAGUAGACUGAACUCAUCCCUUUAUUCUGAAGCAGUAGACUGAACUCAUCCCUUCAUUCUGAAGCAGUAGACUGAACUCAUCCCUUUAUUCUGAAGCAGUAGACUGAACUCAUCCCUUUAUUCUGAAGCAGUAGACUGAACUCAUCCCUUCAUUCUGAAGCAGUAGACUGAACUCAUCCCUUCUUUCUGAAGCAGUAGACUGAACUCUGGGGUUCAAACACUGGGGUUUAAAGUAACUGUUUCUAUGAAAUGUGAUCUAUAAUUAAUUACGAUAUGAGUGAAAUAGUCUUCCUUCUAAAUAGUCUUCUUUAAAUGUGUUAAAAAGCAACUUUUCUGUGUUGUAAUAGUGUGGCCGUAUAUGGUCUUUGAAAAUAUUCACGCAAGUAGACCGCUGAUUGGAUAUAGCAAGCUUUUUUCUUUAAACUUUCUCCAUUUAGAUACAAGUGUGAGGUAAGGUUUUUAAAGUGUUUUGUCUCCAAUUUAUGCUCUGGCCACAAAUACAAGUAUAGGAUAAGUCAACAACAUUAUUUGGGUUUGAGCUAACAGAAUAUGAACUUUUAAAUGUGAGAUUUUCACUGGACAGUUACUUGAAGCCCUUGGAAAGCCUCAGGCCGGACCAGCCGGAUCUGCAGUGGAAAGCCUCAGGCCGGACCAGCCGGAUCUGCGGUGAAAAGCCUCAGGCCGGACCGACUGGUUCUGCAGGGGAAAGCCUCAGGCCGGACCGACUGGUUCUGCAGGGGAAAGCCUCAGGCCGGACCGACUGGUUCUGCAGGGGAAAGCCUCAGGCCGGACCGACUGGUUCUGCGGUGGAAAAACCAUCCACUGUAGAGACUGAGCUGAGAACCAUCAGCUGUAGAGAGACAUGGACAGACUGAGCUGAGAACCAUCAGCUGUAGAGAGACAUGGACAGACUGAGCUGAGAACCAUCAGCUGUAGAGAGACAUGAUCAGACUGAGCUGAGAACCAUCAGCUGUAGAGAGACAUGGACAGACUGAGCUGAGAACCAUCAGCUGUAGAGAGACAUGAUCAGACUGAGCUGAGAACCAUCAGCUGUAGAGAGACAUGAUCAGACUGAGCUGAGAACCAUCAACUAUAGAGAGACAUGGACAGACUGGACCCUGAACUAUUUCAGUUGUGUGUUCCAGUCUUGCUCAGCUGCAGAGAUGGUGGGCUCCACACUAGGUACAGAUGGCCGUCUUACACUUGACUAACUUGGACACCCGCCGCCGUGUGUGGUGCGGUCUGGAUAGUGUGUACCACAACCCAGCCGCCAGCCAUUCAGCUGCUCUAAUGGUGGCUGUUAGAACUGUGGCACAGAGGAGAAGGAAAACAACAUAUGCAGCUGACAGGGUUUGGGUCCAUUUCAAUUCAAGAAGCACACUGAAAUUCUAAUUCUCUUUUUAGGUUUUUGAAUUAGGGAAAUGUGGAAUUUGAAUUUGGUUUACUUUCUGAAUUGAAAUGAAAUUGAUCCCAACCCUGUUUGUUGGACUGGUGUCCUAUUCAAAUCCUAGCACCUCUUUAUUGGACAAUGUGUUCUUGACUUGCUGAUAAAACAGACAGAUGAAGGAAUGGACUCGUCGCUCUUUGUGUUCUUGUCCUGUUAUUUGUGGCAUCAUUGCUGUCAGAUAUACAAUAUACACCUGUUGAAAUCACCAGAGGAGGUCUUCGUAAACCUCAUGUUGCCUCUGAGCUGAAUUCUGAAGUGAUUCAUUUGUGAUGUUAUGAUUUGCCUAAGAUGUUAUGAUACAGUGCACAAACUAUUCAUUCCCUUGUCAAACUAUUCAUUCCCUUGUCAAACUAUUCAUUCCCUUGUCAAACUGUUCAUUCCCUUGUCAAACUGUUCAUUCCCUUGUCAAACUAUUCAUUCCCUUGUCAAACUAUUCAUUCCCUUGUCACACUAUUCAUUCCCUUGUCAAACUAUUCAUUCCCUUGUCAAACUAUUCAUUCCCUUGUCAAACUAUUCAUUCCCUUGUCACACUAUUCAUUCCCUUGUCAAACUGUUCAUUCCCUUGUCAAACUGUUCAUUCCCUUGUCAAACUGUUCAUUCCCUUGUCAAACUAUUCAACCCCUUGUCAAACUAUUCAACCCCUUGCUGUUUUUUCCACCUGUUUUGUUGCAUUACAACCUGUAAUUUAAAUGGAUUUGUGUUUGUUAUGGACAAAAUAGUCCAAAUUAGUGAAAUGAAAAAAAAUAACUUGUUUCAAAGAAUUCUAAAAUAUGAAAAACGAAAAAGUGGUACGUGCAUAUGUAUGUACUGUCUGUCUGUCUGUCUGUCUGUCUGUCUGUCUGUCUGUCUGUCUGUCUGUCUGUCUGUCUGUCUGUCUGUCUGUCUGUCUGUCUGUCUGUCUGU